CGUCGGGGUCGCGGCGCUUGCAGCAGCUUGGGGACAGCUUCUCUCUGGAGGCUCGGUCGGUCGGCUUUUCUCUCCCAGUUCAGAGUAGCGACGGCUGCGGCUCCUGCCCCCUGUCUCCCUCCCGUGUCUCCGGCUGCAGGUGAAGGGAAAGCAAGCAAGGAUGGAUUUUUACGACACUCAAACCUUAGGAGUUGUGGUCUUUGGUGGAUUCAUGGUUGUUUCUGCCAUUGGCAUCUUCCUUGUCUCAACCUUCUCCAUGAAGGAGACAUCAUAUGAAGAAGCCUUAGCCAACCAGCGUAAGGAGAUGGCAAAAACUCACUACCAGAAAGUGGACAAGAAAAAGAAGGAGAAAACAGUAGAGAAGAAAGGAAAAACCAAGAAAAAGGAAGAGAAACCCAAUGGGAAGAUACCGGAUCAUGAGCCAGUCUCCAAUGUGACCAUCCUCAAAGACUCAGUGCGGGUACCUGCAGUGACUGUGGCUCCAACCCCUGUCCAGCCCCAUGUGGUUUUUACCCCCAUAGCCACAGUAUCAGCUAUGCCCCAAGAGAAGCCAUCUUCUCCUAAGGACAAAAAGAAGAAGGAAAAAAAAGUGGCAAAGGUGGAGCCAGCAGUCAGUUCUGUAGUGAAUUCCAUCCAGGUUCUUGCUUCCAAGGCAGCCAUCUUGGAAGCUGCUCCCAAGGAGGUGCCUAUGGUGGUUGUGCCCCCAGUGGGUACCAAGAAUCCAAACACAAGCACUUCACAGGGCAAAAAGGCAGAGGGGUCCCAGAACCAAGGGAAAAAGGCUGAAGGGGUGCCAAAGCAGGGCAAAAAGGCAGAGGGGGCUCAGAACCAGGGCAAGAAAGAGGGGAGUCCCAAUCAGGGUAAAAAGGCAGAGGGGGCUCAGAACCAGGGCAAAAAGGCAGAGGUAGUCCCCAACCAGAGCAAAAAGGCAGAAGGGGUUCAGAGCCAGGGCAAGAAAACAGAGGGAGUCUCCAACCAAGGCAAGAAGACUGAGGGGGGCCAGAACCAGGGCAAGAAGGCAGAUGGAGCCCAGAACCAGGGCAAGAAGGCAGAGGGUGCCCAGAACCAGGGCAAGAAGGCAGAGGGUGCCCAGAACCAGGGUAAGAAGGCAGAGAGUGCCCAGAACCAGGGCAAGAAGGCAGAUGGAGCCCAGAAUCAGGGCAAAAAGGCAGAUGGAGCCCAGAAUCAGGGCAAAAAGGCAGAUGGAGCCCAGAAUCAGGGCAAAAAGGCAGAUGGAGCCCAGAGUCAGGGCAAAAAGGCAGAUGGAGCCCAGAAUCAGGGCAAAAAGGCAGAUGGAGCCCAGAAUCAGGGCAAAAAGGCAGAUGGAGCCCAGAGUCAGGGCAAAAAGGCAGAUGGAGCCCAGAAUCAGGGCAAAAAGGCAGAUGGAGCCCAGAAUCAGGGCAAAAAGGCAGAUGGAGCCCAGAAUCAGGGCAAAAAGUCAGAUGGAGCCCAGAAUCAGGGCAAAAAGUCAGAAGGAGCCCCUAACCAGAACAAAAAGAUGGACAGUGCCCAUAAUGAGGGCAAAAAGGCAGAAGGGGUCCCCAACCAAGGCAAAAAGUCUGAAGGGGCUCAGAAUCAGGGGAAAAAAGUAGAGGGAUCACAGAACCAAGGUAAGAAAGGAGAAGGGGCAUCCAACCAGGGCAAGAAGGCAGAGGGGUCCCCCAAUCAGGGCACUAAGGCAGAGGGGGCCCAGAACCAGGGCAAGAAGGCAGAAGGGACCCAAAACCAAGGGAAAAAAGCAGGUGGAGCCCCCAACCAGGGCAAAAAAGAAGAAGGAGCCCAGAAUCAGGGCAAAAAGAGUGAGGGUAGCCCCAAUCAGGGCAAAAAGGGGGAUGGAGCCCCCAACCAAGGCAAAAAAGCAGAGGGUACCCCCAACCAGGGCAAAAAGGGAGAGGGUACCCCCAACCAGGGCAAAAAGGGAGAGGGUACCCCUAACCAGGGCAAAAAGGGAGAGGGCACCCCCAACCAGGGCAAAAAAGGAGAUAGUAUCCCCAACCAGGACAAAAAAGGAGAGAGUACCCCCAACCAGGGCAAAAAAGGAGAGAGUACCCCCAACCAGGGUAAAAAGGCAGAGGGGACCCAGAAUCAGGGCAAAAAGGUAGAGGGAACCCCAAACCAGGGCAAAAAGGCAGAUGGGGCUCAGAAUCAGGGUAAAAAGACAGAUUCAGUUGCUAAUCAGGGUGCAAAGGCAGAGGGUGUUGCAAACCAGGGGAAAAAAGCAGAGGGGAGCUCCAAUCAAGGCAAAAAGGCAGAGGGAACUCCAAACCAGGGCAAAAAGUCAGAAGGGUCCCCCAACCAGAGCAAAAAGGUAGAUGUGUCUGCCAAUCAGGGUAAAAAGACAGAGUCAGCUCCUAGCCAAGGAAAAAAUGUAGAUGUGGUCCAGAGCCAGGACUCACUGAAGCAAGAUGCUCCUAUAAAGAAGAAGUCUGGUUCAAAGAAGAAAGGAGCAUCGUCGGACUCUGACAGCCCUCUGUCCCUCCCCUACAAGACGCUGAUCUCCACAGUGGGAAAUACGGUGUUCAGUGAAGGGGAGGCCCAGUUGCUCAUCGAGAUCCUGUCUGAGAAGGCUGGUGUCAUGCAGGACACCUGGCACAAGGCCACUCAGAAGGGUGACCCUGUGGCGAUUCUGAAACGCCAGCUGGAAGAAAAGGAAAAGCUGCUGGCCACAGAGCAGGAAGAUGCAUUGGUUGCCAAGAGCAAGCUGAGGGAGCUCAAUAAGGAGUUGGCAGCAGAAAAGGCCAAGGCAGCAGCUGGGGAAGCCAAGGUGAAAAAGCAGCUGGUAGCCCGAGAACAGGAGAUCACAGCUGUGCAGGCACGCAUGCAGGCCAGCUACCAGGAGCAUGUGAAGGAGGUGCAGCAGCUGCAGGGCAAGAUUCGGACUCUUCAGGAGCAGCUGGAGAAUGGCCCCAACACGCAGGUGGCCCGUCUACAGCAGGAGAACUCCAUCCUGAGGGAUGCCUUGAACCAGGCCACAAGCCAGGUGGAGAGCAAGCAGAACGCAGAGCUGGCAAAGCUCCGACAGGAGCUCAGCAAAGUCAGCAAGGAGCUGGUGGAGAAGACGGACGCCUCACGGCAGGAGGAGCAACAGCGGAAGGCUCUGGAAGCCAAGGCAUCCUCCUUUGAGAAGCAGAUCCUGCAGUUGCAGACAUCUCACAAAGAGAAUGAGGAGGCCCUGCAGAAGCGCCUGACCGAGGUCACCGAGGAGCUCUCCCGCUCACAGUCAAGCCACGCCAGUCUCCGAGCGGAUGCUGAGAAGGCCCUGGAGCAGCAGCAGAAGAUGGCUGAGCUGCAUAGCAAGCUGCAGUCCUCCGAAGCUGAGGUGAAGAGCAAGUGUGAGGAGCUAAGUGGGCUCCAUGGACAGCUCAAGGAGGCCAGGGCAGAGAAUUCACAGCUCACAGAGAGAAUCCAGUCCAUUGAGGCCCUGCUGGAGGCGGGCCAGUCCCAGGAUGCCCAGGCCAGACAAGCAGAAACUGACCAGCAGCAGGACCGUGUCAAGGAGCUGGAGUCCCAAGUGAGGUGUAUGGAGAAAGAGGCCACUGAGCUCAAGGAAGCAGUGGAACAGCAGAAAGCGAAGAACAAUGACCUCCGAGAGAAGAAUUGGAAGGCAAUGGAGGCUCUGGCCUCAGCAGAGAGAGCCUGUGAGGAGAAGCUUCGCUCCCUGACCCAAGCCAAGGAGGAAUCAGAAAAGCAGUUCCACCACACGGAGUCACAGACCAAGGAGGUCUUGCUUGCUCUGUUCCCGGCACUUUCCACCUUAGCACACCAGAAUUAUGCCAACUGGCUACAGGAACUCAAAGAGAAAGGCUCCAAGCUAUUGCCACAACCACCAGCUAGCACAGAUUCCUCAGACCUUGCCUCCAAGCUGAGGGAGGCUGAGGAGACGCAGAGUACACUGCAGGCUGAGUGUGAGCAGUACCGCGCCAUCCUGGGUCAGACGGAAGGUAUGCUCCAGGACCUGCAGAAGAGUGUGGAGGAGGAGGAGCAGGUGUGGAAGUCCAAACUGAACACCUCAGAAGAGGAACUACAAAAGUCACGGGUCAAAGUGAAGCAUCUCGAAGAGACUGUCGAGAAGCUCAGAGGAGAACUUGAAAGUUCAGAUCAGGUGAGGGAGCACACCUCAAACCUGGAGGCAGAGCUGGAGAAGCACAUGGCAGCUGCCAGCGCUGAGUGCCAGAACUAUGCCAAGGAGGUGGCAGGGCUGAGACAGCUUUUACUAGAGUCUCAAUCUCAGUUGGAUGCAGCCAACAGUGAAGCCCAGAAGCAGAGCAAUGAGCUUGCCCUGGUCAGGCAGCAAUUGAGUGAGAUGAAGAGCCACGUAGAGGAUGGUGACGUAGCUGGGUCCCUGGCUGCUCCCACAGCGGAGCAGAACCCCAUGCAGCUGAAAACGCAGCUGGAGCAGACAGAAGCCAUCCUGGAGGAUGAACAGACACGGCGACAAAAGCUCACAGCUGAGUUUGAGGAGGCUCAGAACUCGGUGUGUAGGCUACAAGAAGAGCUGGAGAAGCUCCGCAGCAAUAGCUCCCUGGGCUCUUCAGAAGCAGAGACCUUAGAGCUGAAGGAGAGAUUAGAAAAAGAGAAGAAAUUAACCAGUGACUUGGGACGUGCUGCCACCAAACUGCAGGAACUUCUGAAGACAACACAGGAGCAGCUGGCAAAGGAGAAAGACACAGUGAAAAAACUGCAGGAGCAGCUAGACGAAACAGAGGAAGGUAGCUCAAAGGAAGGUACCUCUGUCUGAGCCUUCUCUGUGGACGAAGUUACUGUUCAACUUACCAAAAUGCCUUACACAUUCCUCACAAAUAAACAAACCAACACAGCGUUAUCCAGGCCCAACUUCCGGUAGCUGAGAGAAGCCAUUAGAGACAAAAGUCUCCUAGAACCAUGAAAUAGAUCUUCUAGACCCCCCCCACCCCCAGUUUAUAAAGAAACUUUGUCACAUUCGAUAAACACUAUUACCCAGGACCUGCCCUGGACUACCGCCAGCAGACGCCAAAGCCCUUAUCAGCUCUGUGACAGACCCCAGGGUGUGUGCUGGGGAGGCCGGGACCUCUGGGUAUCUAUGUCAAUCAGUGCAAUUGUUUUGUCUUUCUGUGGGGUGGGGGGUCAGGAGGUGGGUAGAUGGGGUGAGUCUCAAAGACUGUGGAACAGACUGGAGGGUCACAGUCCAAUAAGCAGCAGCCCCUCACCCCAGAAGUUGCCAACCACAACUGAUGUGUGACCUCCUGGAUGUUAAUGCCAUUAAAAACAACAAUGUCGCCCGGCA